AUGACAGUUCCCAAUGAACACCAGGUUUUAUUUGAGCCUCAGAUGACAGACACCUGUGACCAGGUAGACCACACUGGUCCGAUAACAUCCUCCACUGGUCAGAAUGUUUGCAGAGGUCAAACCCAGGGUGGUGAAUACACUCUCUGUGGGAAACAGGCAUCAUGUGACAGAGGUGGCCAGAAUGUCCCUGUGGAUACCCAGAUGAAGACCUCGGUCUACCAGAAGGUUCACCCAGGUCAGAAGGGACCAGCCAAUGUUGAAGAAAGCCUAGAACCUCAGAUGAUGUCACUUAGUAGCCAAAGUCCCUAUGUGGGUGGAUCCCCACAUCCUUCGAGUUCCCUUUUGGCCCAAAGGCAACCUCUGGAAAGCUUUUCAGCUUCCCCUUCGGUCCAGAAACAACUGCCACAGACAGAGUCAGACCUCCAUACCCAGAGCCAUGCGACCCAGAUGAAAGCUGUCAGUUUGAAGAUCUACUCUUGUCUGUACCAUGGCUGUGGGAAAACUUACACAAGGUCUCACCACCUCGUAGAUCACAGGAGGACGCACACUGGGGAGAAGCCCUAUGUGUGCAAUCAGCCUGGAUGCCCAUGGAAAUUCGUCCGUUCUUCGGACCUACGCAGACACCAAAGAAAGCACAGUGGGGAACGGAACUACCCCUGUGCCAAGUGCAACAAGAACUUUUCCAGAGUGGCUUACCUCAAGCAGCAUGAGAGAGUCCAUACUCAAGCUUCAUCCAGCACUGGAAACUGA